AUGGAUUUUAAGGCUCAAAAUUCAACUAUUACUGCAUCAAGGAAUAUAUGUAAAGGAAGGCCAGUUCCAGAACACCUACGGGCUGAAAUCUGGCAGAUAUGUUUAAAUGUGGAAGGCAAAGCUGAUUCAAUUUCAUCCUUUGAUGGAUUUUUUGACAUGGCAGAACAAAGUUUAUUGAGAUCAGAUUGUACAGCCUUAGUAGAUAAAUUGGGUAAUGAUGAAGAAGAUAAAGUAUCAGUUGUUAGUGAUUUAGAAUCUAUCAUCACGUUUUAUUGUAAAUCACGUAAUGUUAAAUACUCUACCAAUAAUGGAUGGUUAGAUAUCUUACAACCUCUACUCUCUCUUAAAUUAUCUAAAGCCGAACUCUACAACUGUUUUUAUGCAAUAGUUGCUAAAUAUAUUCCUCAAGAUUGUGUGAAGAAUGGUAAACCAUUUCAUUUAUUCCGUUUGUUGUUACAAUAUCAUGAUCCUGAAAUAGCUUCAUAUUUAGAUACAAAACGUAUCACACCUGAUUCUUAUAUUAAAAACUGGUUCACAAGUUUAUUUGCUUCAGCCUGUGAUUUGAAAGUGAUAACUAAGAUGUGGGAUGUUUAUUUUCAACAUUCCGAUCCUUUCCUGAUAUUUUUCAUGUCUUUGGUAAUAUUAGUUAAUGCCAGAGAUAUUAUACUACUAUCAGAUGAAAGCAAGCCAAAUUUAAUAGAAACCAUGUCAAUGUUUCCUAGUGGGUUAGAAGCAGAUGAUAUUGAAGAUUUCUGUGCUCUGGCUCAAUAUUAUUAUAAUAAAACACCACAAUCUUUUAAAUGGGAUUAUCAGAGUAUAUUAUUUGGUAAUAAGUUAAUACAAGGUAAAUCUAGUUUAGUAGACCAGGCAUCACAAGCCCUAUGUUUACCUGUUAGUAUCAGUGAAUUGUUAGAAGCUAACCAACAAGCUGUGACAGAAGAAAGUGUACGAUAUUUUGUGGUAGAUUGUAGACCAGCAGAACAAUAUAAUAAUGGUCAUCUUUCAACUGCUUUUCACCUUGAUGCCAAUUUGAUGCUACAGAAUCCAGUAGAAUUUAAUACAGCAGUACAUGCAUUGUUUGCUGCACAACAAAUGGCAAUAGCUGCAGGUUCAGUAGCUGGAGGAGAACAUCUAUGUUUUAUGGGAAGUGGUAGGGAAGAAGAAGAUCAGUAUGUAUUUAUGGUUAUAGCUCAUUUCUUACAGAAAGGUCAUCAAUACAUCUGUUCUUGUCAAGGAGGAUUUGCAGCAUUACAUGAAAAGUUAAAAGACAACCUAUCAAAUGAGAUAGCUGACCAUAAUGCUAAAAGAUGUAUUGUAUGUAAUCCUGAUUCUACUAGCAGUACAUCAGAGUUAGAUAACACUGAUGAUUUUAAAGAUUCUGGUAAAGAUUCAUCAUUAUUUGGUAAAUUAUCUAAUGUUAUGAAGAGUAAGUCUGCUGAAUAUAAAGAAAAAUUAACGAAUUAUAUUAAAAAUGACCAAAUAAGUGGGGAAAGACAUGUUAGUAAUACAGAUAAAGUUGGUAAAAGAUACAGAAAUAUGGCCUCGGUUUUUACUAUAGGUGAUGAUGAAGAAGGUGAAGAAGGUAGUUAUGGAGGAUCAUCUGACGAUGAACCUAGAGAAGUGGUUAGUUUAGAAACCUGGUUACAUAAACCAGAUCUAAUCUACCAUUGUAAAUGUAAGGAAAUCAAAGCCAAUGGUUACAUGUAUCCAAGUUACAUGUUAAUUGUUAAUUCCCACCUGUAUCUUUUACGUGAAAUUCCUAAAGAGAAGAAUAUGGUGUAUAUUCAAUCACGACGAGCUCUAGGCAGCAUUGUCAAAAUCACAUCUAAAAAGAGACACCCAGAAUUAAUUACCUUUAAAUAUGGUACCAGUGAGGACGAUGGAUUGAAAAUUACCGACAUGGACAGAUUCCUCAUUCCUACUGCUGGUGAUGCCAUGAGGAUCGUCAAAUCCCAAAUUAUGAAAGUGCUUGAUGCUUUAGACAGUUAACCAUAUUCCUCAGCCUGUGUUGUUGAGAAUUGUGAUUUUUUAUGAUCAAAUAAGACACUGGAAUAGUGAAUUUGUGGGACCAUUUUUAAAUGCCAAAUUGAAGUGGGUUGUUUAUCUUGUAAUGUGUAGCGCUGCAACUGUAGUACUUGAUAAUCAAGACUAAUGAUGAUCAUUUUCAAUCAAUGUUAUCCAGUUAAUGAAUUUAAAAUCCAUGGUCUGUUAAACUCUGUGAUUGAUUGUAAUUCUUUUAGAAAGUGAACAGCGUAUAACAUUAUUUUGGUAUUUCGAAAACAAAACGUGGACCAAAGGUGAAGACUAAUUUUUUCUAUGGUGGCGCUCGAUUGGAGAGUUCUGACCAGGUUCUGUCUGUUCUAAUCCUGCCCCGCAAUCAAACGGUAUGAAAGCGGAAAUGUCAUAUUUCAAAUUUUUCCAUCUAUUUCCAGCUCCACCAUUUUGAAUUCUGUCUGGCAUAUGUGAAAUGCCUUCUGAACUCUGUU